GUGUUCGUGCUGAGAGAAGAAGUGGCGGAGAUGCCUCGCAUCCAAUCCCUGCUGGAUGCUGCUGAGAAGAGGUUGCUCAAGGAUGACCAGGCCCAGAAGCAACUGGGGAAAAUGCGGCACACCUUGCGGGAAGAGAGCCAGAUGGCCCUGACCUUUGCAGCACAAGACGCCAAAGAAUCUGAGGACAUGCUGCGGUCUGCUCUCGCAGCUGAGACCACGUCCCUCAUUUUGGUCCAGUCUGAGGUGGAGCGAUCCGAGGCUGCAAUGCGUGACCUUGAAGAGCGGAGCUUCAGGGAGGCUGCGGCGCUGCAAUCGCUCCGCGAGCAGGAGGCUGACGUGUCUGCUGAGCGCCUGGCAGAGGCAGAGGCAGCUUUGCGGCUGAUACAAGAAGGUGAGAAGGCUUUGGCCGCUCUGGCGGACGAGAAGGUCGAAGCGGCCGAAGCGCGCGCGGAGCUUCUGCAGGAGAAGUCCGCGAGAGCCGCUGAGCUGCGGGCAGCCAAUUGGUUUUAUUUCGGGGAGGCCCGCGCGUGGGCGGAGGGCGAGAGCGCCGAGACGACAGCCCUCGAUGCCAGCCGCAAGGAGGAAGCACGUGCUGUGCAGAGCCACGAGAGCUUCUUCCACGCAGCUGCGGCAGAGGCUUCUGCCUUCAAAGUGGAAGCUGCAGCUAUGCGCAAAGAGGCACUUGGGCUUCGAAGUGACCUCAGCAAGGAGGAGGCAGCUUUCCAACAGAUGCACGUCGCGGCCGAGCAUGCACGUGCGGCCGAGUCUGCAACGCUCCGAUCUGCUCUGACAGAGGUACGGGUUGAGGCAGCCAAGGGAGCGGCCAUUCUCCACCGCGCAGAAGAUGCCGAGAGAGAACUCCGGAGGCUGCGAUUGGAGCGGACGGAGAAUGCCAGACAGGUAAAGGACCUCACGACUCAGCUGUUUCAUGCAGAGCGUCGCGCCACCGCCGCAGUAAACUCUUCAGCCGAAGCGUUGCCAGACAGCUUUCAAGCGCUGCACCAGCAGCUCCAGCGCCAGAUGGACAUGCUCAGUGUUCAAAUCGGAACAUCGCAGGGUUCGAUGGGCGACCCACUUCCGCGGCCGCAAGGCCCAGGCCAAGGUCCCAUCGACUCUGCGCAGGGCUUGCGCGCAGGGCCCCUGCCGCCGGGUGAGGAGUUGGGUGACAGGGCCGCCCAGCUCCGUGCCCGAGCUGAGGGCCUCAGGGGCGAGGUGCAGCGAUGGCAGGCGACUCGCAGAGGGGGCGGCGCUUAA